AUGGCAUACAGCUCAGGGCAAGAGAAGGGAACACAAGAAGAAAAGGAAAUUCUUCUAAAGAAAAAAGAAGAACAACGACAAAAACAAGAAAAAGAAAAGAGGGAGUAUGAAGAUCACCUGCAAAGACUCAGAAACCUAAUAAAAGAAGACAGAAAGAAUAACUUAGAAAAGGCUCAAAUAGAAAUAGAUGGAUUAAUAGCCAUGCAGACAGUUUCAUUGAAAAACUCUCAUAUAAGGCCUCUUACAGCUAACAGAGACACACAAACAGUCAGUCCAAACAGUGAAGAAAUUAGAAUUAAAAUAAUCCAUGAUACAAAGAAAAAACUACAUAUCUUAAAAACAGAUGCAACUGUAGGCGAUCUUAAAAACAUACUAAAAACAGACUUUGGGAUAAAAAAACCAAAGGCAUUUAUUUCUACAGCGGGUGAGAUUGAUUUUAGUACAGAAAAAACACUUCUUAAGGAUAUUGGUGUGUCAGAUAUGGACACAAUAUAUGUACACAGCUUAUAAUUCUAGGUGUGGUUGUAAUAAGAUAAUUACUGCUGUUUUACUAAGAAUCCAGA